ACCGUGGUUUCUUCGCUUCCUGGACAUCUCAGAGCCUCCGUGGACUGUUUGCAUCCCGAUGGUACCGGCGGGUCCUCCGCAGGCUUCUCUGACCACAGCACCGGUCCAAAACCUGCCUGACAGAACCACAUUCUCACACUUUAACCUGAAUAUUAAACCGGAGGUCGCCUCCGGUUGGGACUGAACUGGGAGCUGGGGCUAGCUGGGAGGCUAGCGGAGCGUUAGCCGAGCAAGCAGCGGGGUGAAGGCUCGGUCCGGACGGCGGCAGAGGGAGCGCAGCAUGGCUGGAGGGAACCACAGCCCGGCGGCGGAGGUGAAGGCAGCGAGCCGGAGUCAGAGUGAAGUGAACAGCAGGUUGAAGUACAUCAGCCUGGCGGUGCUGGUGGUCCAGAAUGCAUCGCUCAUCCUCAGCAUCCGAUAUGUCCGCACGUUGCCAGGCGACCGCUUCUUCGCCACGUCAGCUGUCGUCAUGGCAGAGGUCCUGAAGGUCCUGACGUGUCUGCUGCUCAUCUUGCUGCAGAAGAGAUUCAGUGUGAAGGAGACGGUGUUCCUCCUGGUCGACUCCAUCGUGUUUCAGUACAAAGACACUCUGAAACUGGCCGUUCCGUCUCUCAUCUACACCCUGCAGAACAACCUGCAGUACAUUGCCAUCUCCAACCUGCCGGCGGCCACCUUCCAGGUGACGUACCAGCUGAAGAUCCUCACCACAGCUCUGUUCAGUGUGCUGAUGCUGAGGAAGUCUCUGUCCAGAGUUCAGUGGGUCUCUCUGCUGCUGCUGUUCGCUGGAGUCGCCAUCGUACAGGUGCAGCAGGAGGGGAAUAAGGAGGCGUCUGUGUUGGACAGCUCCAAUCAGAACUACAUGGUCGGAUUAGUUGCCGUGGUGAUCAGCUGCCUGUCGUCGGGCUUCGCCGGCGUUUACUUUGAGAAGAUCCUGAAGGGGAGCUCUGCGUCUGUCUGGGUGAGGAACGUGCAGCUGGGGAUCUUCGGCAUGGCGCUCGGCAUGCUGGGACUGUGGUGGAACGACGGCCCCGCCAUCGCCGAGCGCGGCUUCCUGUUCGGCUACACCGACAUGGUGUGGUGCGUCAUCUUCAACCAGGCGUUUGGCGGGCUGCUGGUGGCCGUGGUGGUGAAGUAUGCCGACAACAUCCUGAAGGGCUUCGCCACCUCCUUCUCCAUCAUCGUCUCCACGGUGAUGUCCAUCUACCUGUUCGGCUUCCACGUGGACCUGCUCUUCACGGCGGGGGCGGGGCUCGUCAUCGGCGCCGUCUACAUGUACAGCCUCCCUAAAGCGGCCGGCGGCUCUUCGUCCCCGAGCUCCGCAGAGUCUUCCUCGGAGUCUUCAGCAUCGCCGAGGACCGGCGGAGGCGCAGAGAUGGAGGCGUUUCUGCCCAAGUCAGUGCUGGUCUCUUCAUCCGUUGACUCCACGUGGACGAAAUCGCCUGCUCGUCGUCUGAGCUGCCUCUUGUUGUUUUUGUUAUUUUCGCUUUGGGAGGAAAGUUUCUGUUGUUUGUGUCUCCAGAUCACUGCAGGAGCAGCAACAACCUUCAACGCUCCAGUUUUCAGGCUCUGUGGAAAACUGAUCUGAGGACGGAGAAAAGCUGCCGCUUCGUUGUUCUUCAGCUCCUGAAAAUCUGUGUGGAGACAAAAAAACAAAAUAAAUGUUUUCUCCCAAAGUGUACUUUUACUUUACUGCUACUUUACUAAACUUUAAAUAGUUUUUCUGUUUUAUUGCUAUCAGAAUCAAAACUCAGUCAAAUUGUGAAGGGACAACAGAAAGCAAAUAUAUUUUACUUUAAUUUUCUGUCUUUGUAAAAAAGAAAAUGACCCAGUGGACAGUUUCUGUCUCUGGAGACUCUAUAUUCAUAUAUAUAUAUAUAUAUAUAUAUAUAUAUAUAUAUAUAUAUAUAUACAUAUAUAUAUCUUGUUUUUAUUUGAAGUGGAAAUGAAAGGCUGAACUGUUGCUUUAUUUUCGGGUGGUGAUGAAGGAGGACGAGGAAAGAAGAAUAAAGAAAAUCGGCAGGUUGCUCAAGUUUCUUGUGACAACCAAUCAGAGCUGAUUUAAGGAUUUGACAGUUACUGUGACAACAACAACAUUUAGUACAGAUGCUGAGAGCGGCCAUGUUUUUUUAUUUCCUCUUAGCUCGAUCACAGGUUGAUGAUCUGGCAUCAUAUGUCCCUGAGAUAAUGAAAUCGCCAUCUAAAGAAUGAAUCAUGGCCGUUCUCAGCCUCUGUAGAUUAGAGCUGAAUCUGGUAAAAUGUUGGUUUUUUGUUUUCCCUGUUUGAUCGAAAUUGAAACCAAAUAUAAAGAAGUUUCUGAACGAGGCAGCUGAGUUCUGAGGGUUCGGUCGAACAACUGAAGUUUAACUUUCUGUUUUAGUUUUUUUCCAAAAACAAACUGACAUUAAAAAAGACAAAUUUCUUCAUCUUAAACGAGCAGAUUUGCUGUACGAAUUCUGACUUCAGUUUCUGUAGAAUCUGCAUUAACUGCACUGACUCAAAUUUCAGCUGGCAGCUGCAGCGCCACCUGCUGGAAGUUUAAAAAUCAUCCUGUAUAAUUCACUGUGCUCAUUUAAGAAAAUCCUUCAGGAUUUUAGUGACUCGUUCAUAAAACUGAGGGAUUUUCAGUCCGGUCAGAUCCAGCAGGAUUUGUUUUUUUCUCAUUGGAUCCUCCAGGUGGAGAACCAUCCAAUAAGAAAUCUUACAGGAUCUUUUAAACUUCCCCUCCUGUCUGGAAGUUAGUGUUUGGGUUGUAUGAAAUCUGUUUGGUUUCAUCACUGAUCUGUUAGUUUGCACGUGAUUGUUGACUUGUACCAAUGCCUCUGAAUUUGUACAUACUUCUUUUGGUAAAGUUUUAUAUAAACAAGGACAUGGAC